CAGGGGUUCCUCCUCUGGUAGCAGCUUGGAGUUCUUUAAAGUAUAUAACCCGAAGUUUAGUUCUCAGCAGCUGGAUUGUGGAUUGCUUUGUUGACCAAUCAGUUGAGACAUCGACGGUGGAUUACUGCUCACGAAACCAUGGUUUUCUUGUUUGGUUGGCAAGAAACGGGAUGGAAAAAAGAUUAGGAAUUAAAGAAAAAAAAAGUGAAAUCCUUGUUUGUUUGCCUCAUUAUAUGCUUUUUAGUAAAUGGCUGUGAUACAGCAAUUUGAAAUUUCAGAUUUUAAGAAUUCCAAUGUUCCCCUCCCCUCCCCCAGAAUGUAUUGUCUUUCUGUAAUUAUCAUUUUCAAGUUUUGUGGCUGACAUUAGAACGUGAUGCAUAUGCAUUAUAGAAAGUUUAUAUCCAUUUGACAUGUGUUUAAAUUUUUUUCUUGGUGAAAAUUGAAUUGUCUCUUCAGUGCUUACCUCCUGCUUUUGUCACAAAACUGAAAGGAUCUAUUCCCAGCAAUGCCACUCUCAAAGAUCAUAAAGAAAAGUUGUGGCAUGUCAAGAUGGAAAAAGGUGACCAGGGUUUAACCAUUACGAAUGGUUGGCAACACUUUGCAGAUGAACACUCCUUAGAAUUUGGGGACUUCCUUGUUUUCAUCUAUGAUGGAAGUUCCCACUUUGAUGUGAAAAUUUUCGGUAAAAAUGGAUGCAAGAAGGAAUCACAUUUUGCUUCACAAGUUAAAGAGGAAGAAGAUAAGGAAACCGAGCAGAUUCCUAUCAGGACUACACGAGCUUCCAAGCAGAAAUAUUUGGAAACAGUCCUAAGAAGAGUUAAAAAAUCAGGUAAAAAGGGAUGCCAGAAGGAAUCACAUUUUGCCUCACAAGUUAAAGAGGAAGAAGAUGAGGAAACUGAGAAGAUUCCUGUCAGGACUACCCAAGCUUCCAAGCAGAAAUAUUCAGAAACAGUCCUAAGGAGCGUUAAAAAAUCAGGAUCAUCUGAAGUAAAUCAAUUUAGGUUUCAGACAAGUUCCCAGGAAGUCCAGGCAUUUAAAGCACCUGCACAUCUUCCACCAUUUGAGGCAACUAUAACACAAUCAUCGAAAUAUGUAAUGAAUAUUCCUAAUUCGCUGGUGAAUGCAUGUGGCAUCAAGCUGAAUUCAGAAGUAAUCCUUUCUGAUCAGGAUGGGAAAAAGUGGCCUGUGAAGGUUAAGGUCUGGGGGGAUGGUCGAAUUACUCUUGCCACUGCGUGGUCUCUGUUCCACGAAAAUACCAUUCUGGUAAAAAAUGAUAGGUGUGUGUUUGAGCUUGUCCUCAGUAAAGGAUGUGUAAGCAAAGAAAUGAAGGUACGAAUUAUCCGGAAAGGUAAGCAAAAAGCUGAACAAGUGUAGGAUCAAGGCUUGAAUUACAUAUGCCAGUGGUAAACAGAAAACAAGAUUUGAAUCACCCAUAAGUACAUUGCUGAUUUGGAAAUAUAUUAGGAGGGAGAAGAUCAAAAGAAUUUGUCGGUUGUUGUGGCUAACUUUUGUCUAUAGGUGUUGUCAUAUAAAACUUCUUAGUUCUUUCCUAACAAUAUUUAGGAUAAGUUCUUAUUUUGAGUUGACUAACUAAAGUGGUAAAAUGUCUCAUACUUUUCAUGACUACAUAAUCAGUAUGUACUUCCCUUUCCACUCCGUAACCCUUUCCGGUCUCUCCUCAG